AUGCCUUCUCUUCUCAGACAAUGCGAAGCCUGUCGUGGCAGGUUUGCCCCUCAGUAUUUUAGAAAUUCUUCUGCCUGCAGGUUGUGUCACCUCAAUAGCAAGGUAGAGAGACUCAACGAGAAAUACGAGGAGAAGUGCAAGCAGUAUGAGGACGUCGUGCAACAGCUAGAAGCACUAAAAGAGUUCGUUGUCUCUAAUACAGGUUGCACCUCCACAGAUGUUGUUCCUGCCAUCCCUGACAGACCUGCCUCCUCCACUCUAGGGGCUCCUGCCCGCCCACAUGCUGAGCUUGCAGAGUCACCAUUCAUAUUAGUCAAAAAUCGUGCCACCACCACUAAUGUUAAAAACUUUUUGCCCAUCUCAACACACAACAGGUACCAGAUCCUAGCUGAAGAGGAGGAAGAUGCACAAGAGACGAGACUGGUCGGAGACUCAAUAGUCAGAGGUCAGCUCUCUGAGUUCUGUGGCAGGGCUCGUAGGACACGUAAGCGUCUGUGCAUGCCUGGUGGACGCUUAGACGACAUCACGGCAGCAUGUGACGAGGCAGCCUGCGGAUCUAACAAUAACACCCUCUUUAUUAUUCACGCAGGUACAAAUGAUGUUGAAAACACUAGGUCUGAAGAGCUCAUGGAAAAGUUCAAGAAGAUGAUACAGCGCUUCAAAACUAAAUCCAAUAAUAUUAUUGUUUCAGGAUGUUGCCUCACUGCAGGGAAGGAUGUCAUGCGGCCCUGA